AUGCCGAGUGAAAUGAUAACACUUCAACUUGGCCAAUGCGGAAAUCAAAUUGGAUUUGAAUUUUGGAAGCAGUUAUGUAUAGAACACGGCAUAUCUCCAGAAGGAAUAUUAGAAGAGUUUGCAUCAGCCGGUUCUGAUAGGAAAGAUGUGUUUUUUUAUCAAGCUGAUGAUGACCACUACAUACCUAGAGCAGUGCUGUUAGAUUUGGAACCUCGUGUUAUCCAUACAAUCAUGAAUUCUCCUUAUGCUAAAUUGUAUAAUCCAGAAAAUGUUUACUUAUCCAAACAUGGUGGUGGCGCUGGAAACAACUGGGCCUCAGGUUAUGCUCAGGGUGAAAAAUUGAAUGAGGAAGUUUUUGAUAUUAUUAAUAGAGAGGCAGAUGGGAGUGAUAAUUUAGAGGGUUUUGUAUUAUGUCACUCAAUAGCUGGAGGUACAGGGUCCGGCAUGGGUUCAUACAUAUUGGAACACCUCUCAGACAGGUUUCCUAAGAAAUUAGUGCAAACAUAUAGUGUGUUUCCUAAUUUGGAUGAAAUAAGUGAUGUCGUUGUUCAACCAUACAAUUCUCUCUUAACCUUGAAGAGACUGACAGAAAGUGCAGAUUGUGUUAUGGUAUUGGACAACACAGCUCUAAACCGUAUUGCAAGUGACAGGUUACACAUACAGAACCCCUCCUUUGCACAAAUAAAUACUCUCGUCUCCACAAUUAUGAGCGCUAGCACAGCUACUCUUAGGUAUCCAUCAUAUAUGAACAAUGAUUUAAUAAGCCUAGUUGCUCCUCUGAUUCCUACACCAAGGUUACAUUUUCUAAUGACUGGCUACACUCCACUCACAGCAGACCAUGAACUUAAUACGGCUCCAAAAAUUCGAAAAACGACAGUGCUUGAUGUGAUGCAACGACUGCUUCAACCAAAGAACAUGAUGGUGUCAUUGAGUCCUGAUAGAGCCAACCAACAUUGCUACAUAUCUAUUUUAAACAUAAUACAGGGUGAAGUAGACCCAUCGCAAGUCCACAAGUCUCUGCAACGGAUUCGUGAACGCAAGUUGGCUUCGUUCAUUCCAUGGGGACCGGCGUCCAUCCAAGUAGCGUUGUCCCGCAGAUCGCCUUAUGUAACAGCUUCGCAUAAAGUCUCAGGACUUCUACUUGCUAAUCACACGAAUAUAUCGUCGUUAUUCGACAGAUGCCUGCAACAGUUUGAUAAACUACGAAAAAGGGAGGCAUUCAUAGACGUGUUCAGAAAAGAGCCUAUGUUUAAAGACUCGCUAGAGGAAUUCGAUGAGUCGCGCUCAGUCGUGGAUGAUCUGGUGCGAGAGUAUCAAGCUGCUGCCACGCCUGACUAUGUACACUGGAAUCCGGAAAGCAGCCACAUAUAA